CCUCUCGAUCGCUUGUGCUCUGAGCUAUCCGUCAGUCUACACCAUGAACGCCCUGGUCAGCAGCGUCCUACUAAGUGCCCUGGUUGCCAGCGCCUUCGGAGGUUUCAUCGGAGGCGGCGGUGGCGGUGGUCUAGGCGGUGGUCUGGGCGGCGGUCUGGGUGGUGGAUACGUUGGUGGAGGUGGUGUUGGAGGCUACGGAGGCGGCUAUGGCGGAGGCUACGGCGGAGGCUACGGCGGAGGUCUCGGGGGCGGCGUCGGUUUCGGAGGCCUAGGUGCCGGUGGCGUCGGCGGAGGCGGCGGUGCCGUUGGUGUCGGCAGCAGCGUCGUGCUGCUCAGCGGUGGCCGGGCUGGUGCCGGAAAGUCCGUGGCCGGACCGGCGUUCCUGGUCCGCACUGUGCACCACGUCAACCAAGUUCACGGUGGCGGCGCUAUCGUCGCCCACUCCGGUCUCGGAGGCGUCGGCGGAGGCGCUGGCGCUGGAGGUGUCGGCCUCGGCGGUGGUGUUGGAGGUCUCGGAGGUGGCCUCGGAGGUUACGGAGGUGGCGUCACCUAUGGUGGCUAUGGUGGCUAUGGUGGCUACGGUGCUGGUGGCUAUGGUGGUUACGGGGGCUAUGGCGCCGGAGGCUAUGGUGGCUACGGCGCUGGUGGAUAUGGCGGCGGCAGCGGUGUCGUCGGCAAGGUCGUGGUCGUCAAGCACCACAAAUAGGCGUCCACUUCUAAUGUGUUCAACAAUCUGAGUGAAGAAACUUCCAUCGAAAGCCGUACGCCGUCGACCUCUAGGGGAAAGCGGCAGCAGCGCACACCAGCCCUCCAAGUCGAAAGGAUGACCUCAACAGUGCAAAUUAUGUUCGUGACUUGUGUAAAUACAUGUUGACGAGGGCGUCCUGCCUCAUCACCCAAAAUAAUUUGUUUGGCCUCCUUAAUCUUCAACAUAAUCCUGCAUGCCACACAUGGUAUUGUGGCGGGCACUGUUUUGGCACUCUUCUAGACAUCUGCAAAUGGUUGCAAGUUUCCCAACAAUACAUCACUCCCUGAUUCGGCUCGAUAAAAUAGCUUGUCUAGUCAUAAUUUGCGCUCCUUCUCUUUACUUUUUCAUCAACAGUAAACAACUUGC